AUAUUGUUUCUCUCCGAUGAGAAUAAAUAUGUCACCGUCGCCACCUCCUUCAGGGAAGAUCAAAAGGCCUCGCUGAAAUGUCGUCAUCAUCGCCGCCGUAACACAAUCGUGGGAAGAAAUGAGUCAAACAAGAGUUUUUGUCGAUGUAAACACGACAGUUUUCCUCGGGUGCUGAGGGGGCGAUGGUGUGGUGUUUCUCGUCAUGAUAAAAACUUCGCUUAGGAACCAUUAAUGUGCAGACCUAUCGUUAAAGAAUAUGUGAAUAGGUCCACCGUACACCAUGAAUUUCGGACGACAGCUGAAGCGCGUCAAGCAACAGGCUGACCAUCUGUUCUUGAGGAGUGACCGCACAGAUGUGGUUGGUGAGUUGCGGACAGCAGAGGAGCAGGCAGAUGAGUUACGGCUACUAUGUGAGGCCUAUACAAGAUCGUUGGAGAAGUGCCUUCAUACGCAUACUAUGCCAGAUGAGAAGAAAUUGAGGAAAGUGCCAGAGUAUCAAGUAGCUGAAGGACUGAGGGAGUCUCUCAACUGUUUACCAUCGGCUGAGAACCAUGAACACAAAGACCUGCUGAGGAUUGUGGUUGAACGUGUAGUAGAGGUACAGCAGGCUAUGGGUCUGGAUGUAGUGGAGUUUGAGGACCAGGUGGAAAAGCAAGUUCUAGGGCCACUUCUUCAAUUAAUCAAGGAAGACUUCCCUUCCAUUUCUAAACAAAAGAAACAACUAAAGCAGUUUGGGCUGGACUUAGAUGCUGCAAAAACAAGAUGGCGCAAUUCUCAGGCCAACCCCAGUCAGAAUACAAAGAUGGACAUGUAUCGAGAAGAAUUAGAGGAGGCAGAGACCAAGCUGGAUCAAGCAAGAGAUUCUUAUGCCUGUGACAUCUUUGGUUUAUUGGCCCGGGAACGUGAAGUGUCACAGUAUAUGUGUGGAUACUUAGAGCUUCAGCGAGAAUUUCUUCAAAAUACGCUUAAUAAAUUGGACCGUGUUUUACCUGAAAUGAAAUCGCAGUUGCAUGCUUCAUCUAGUAGUCCAGUUUAUGGAGUGCCACUGCACGAUCACCUCAAGAUAACACAAGAAGAAAUCGCUGUCCCUCUCCAAGUGUGUGUGCGCAGGCUGAUUGAAGUUGGACUGUAUGAGGAGGGUAUUUUUAGGGUAGCUGGCAGUGCCUCCAAGGUCCGCCGGUUGAAAGGUGCCUUUGAUGCAAACUUGGUGACUAAUGAAACCUUGGCUCAAGCAGAUGAACAUGAUCGUGACUAUGACGUGCACGUUGUUGCUGGUGCCCUCAAGUGCUACCUCCGUGAGCUGCCAGAACCUUUGUUGACACACGUCAAGCAUGACCAGUGGUUAGAAGCCGUGAGAAAUCCAGACCAUCAGCACCGUUUGAGAGCCCUCUGGGUAGUAGUGAAUCAGAUCCCUCCUGCUAAUCUGGCCAAUCUUAGAUAUCUUAUUAAGUUCCUAGCCAUUCUUGCUGCCAAUGCAAAUAGUAAUAAAAUGUCUCCUAGCAAUAUAGCUAUAGUUAUAGCACCAAACCUCAUUUGGGCACAAAGGGAUUCAGAGGAGCAACCAGAUCUGUCCACAUUAGGACGUAACAUGAGCCUCACCAGUGAUUACCGUUCCAUUGUAGAGCAUUUGGUAGAGUAUAGUGACUAUUUCUUUAAAGAGAAUGUAGACUUUGGUGUGACACCCAGAGUGCCACCUUCUCCAUCUAGAACACAUGCUGCUCCAAAUGGUACGCUUCCUGCUCCAGCUAGGCAAGCUGCUCAGACCCACCGUCGAAAUGCAAGUUCAGACUUGUCAGGUCGUAUAGAUGUUGUUACUGGUGGAGCCCAAGGUGUAUCAGCUCCAGGUGAAUGUGAAAGUCCAAAGCAACCCCAAAGAACUAAAAAGAAGCAGGCGCCAAGACCCCCUCAGGUUCGGCCAGUAAGCACACAUGGACCCUUAGUUAACGAUGGACAAUCACCACCAUCAGUAACAUCUACUACCACAAGUGCCUCAGCCUCACCAGAACAGGUACGCAGUAACACUCCCCCCCGUGAGGCAGGUGCUCCAGCCCCAGCUGCGAGGUUACACCAUAGUAAUAGUAUUAGGAGACCCACAGCUGAACCUCCUAAGCCGCCCACUGCUCCUGCCAAGCCGCCCAGACCCAGUCCUCCUGCUGCUGAUGCACUGGAGAGAUCAGCUCACGCACAAUCAGAAGUGAAGGCCGAAAGUAAAGGGGUAGCACUUGGUUUUGAGCAAUUAUCCCAGAGAGAUGUAGAUGUAGUUGAUGAUGAAGAGGAAGUAGUGCUAAGAAAAGAUGUAGUAAAUGAAGGACCUGCUCCAAUAGGUUUUUUAGUUGAAGGUGAAAUUAAGAAAGAGGAAGGUGAUGCAUCCCCCAAAUCAGUACGAUCAUUCCGUCAAUCUCUUGAAAAUGUAAUACAGCAACAGGCUGCUGGUCAGCCUGUGGCCCUGCCACGCCACACCCCUUCCACUGGUGAAGGAGAAAGUGCACCUGCACCAGGAGUCUUACCACUGCCACGUGUAAGUUCAGGAGCUGAUAAUCCAAGGCCGGUAUUGCCGCCUACACCUGCUCAGCGCACAACCCUCCACACUGUGACUCCAGCAGUCAACCCACAGCGAGUAACUAAAGAAAACAACCAAACAGAACGAUCAGAACCACCUAGGGCUGACAAGCCAGCUUUGCCAGAAAAGCCAAGUUUGAUGAGUCGGUCAACUGUAAUAGUGGAUCAUUCCAAACCUCAAAUUCCUGAACGUCCUGUCGUGCUGCCUCAACGUCCCAAUAGCACUGGCUCUGGCCCCCACAUACAAGCUCCAGUAUUAGACCUAGUGUCAUCAUCCGCAGCACAGCAGGAAGCAUCAGGAACACUGGUGAUGGCAGUGGAGGAUGGGGACAACACCAGUCAUAACACUAAUGAUGACUGUGCUAGGGAUGAUGGUGGAGGAACACAUUCAGACAUUACAGGUGCAGGCGCAGUUCUUGAGAAAGCCCAUAUGUACUCCGUAGACAAGCAGCAGGUGUCCAUCGUCCAAGUAGGAGUUACCAGCCCUGCUCAAGUAAGAGGUGCAGGUAGUGGGUUUGGAGUUCAGAAGCCAGUGAAGCCCCCAAAGCCAGAUAAACGGCCACAGAUCCUGCCCCGGCCACCUGCUCUAUCUUCUGACCACCAGGACACCUUUGUCUCUCAGAGUUCAUCAGUUGCAGGUGUGAAAAGCAACAAGUUCAGCUGGCCACCACCAUCAGAGUCUGCUGCCUCCACACCCAGCGAGGAAGAAGAAGCUGCUCCAGAUUCCACCAAUCUGUAGAACGCUAUUGAAGGUCCAAAAAACGACAAUCUGGGAUCUAAGUGUUGAUCUUCCAUCAAGAUGCUACGAAUGCAGACAGUGGUCUUUCAUGUUACUGGUUGUGUUACACCUCAAAGAUUAUUCUCUAGCAUUAAAUGGACAUCAAACUUUGGCUAUUGAGUUCUCUUGGUGCUUGAGUUUGUCUGCUUUGAUAUAACUGAAUUCCUUCACCACAUUAUUUGGGUGUGAUAAUCUACUGUCUUGGCUCCUGCUGAGUUAUCUACUACUUGUAUCAAGAAGUAGGUGCUGGUGUCUGGCUCCUGCAACUAUAGAAGUGAUGACUGUCUGGAUGCCUGUGUCUGACUUGCUGUGACUUGGUAAAAUUGCUCGUUUAACAUCGUUUGUGGUGAUUCCUAGGUGUUGAUGUAGACAAAGAUCAAGGUACAGCAUAUUCUUUUGAUAAUGAUUAUGGAGUAGAGGAACUCUUCUUUGGGUAUUCUAUAUAGUUGCAUCUAAGCAUAUUACCAGCUAAGAAUAGUGUUAUUUUAUGAAGUAUUUUUCUUUUCCACUUUUUAUAUCCCUUGUAAUAACUUUACCUUGUGAUGUCAUAUG